GCCGCCACCGCCUAGUCUGUUCUGCGUUCACUGAAGUCUGGCCACCGCCGCGCUGUCGUCGCGGCCCCCACCCCCUCCCGUCCUCCGCCCGUCCGCACCGCCCCCCCAGAGCCCGCUGGCCGGGCCCGGAGCCGUGACAGAGUUCUCGCCAUGCCGGCCCGGCUGCUGCUACUGCUGCUGGCGUUUCUGCUGUCCGGCCCCAGGAUUUUUGCAAGGGCCAGCACAGUGACGCUUCCUGAAACCUUGCUGUUUGUCUCAACCCUGGAUGGAAGUUUGCAUGCUGUGAGCAAGAGGACAGGCUCCAUCAAAUGGACUUUAAAAGAAGAUCCAGUUCUGCAGGUUCCAACACAUGUUGAAGAGCCUGCCUUCCUCCCAGACCCCAAUGACGGCAGCCUGUACACACUUGGGGGCAAGAAUAAUGAAGGCCUGACGAAACUUCCCUUUACCAUCCCGGAGUUGGUACAGGCAUCCCCGUGCCGAAGUUCAGAUGGAAUUCUCUACAUGGGUAAAAAGCAGGACAUUUGGUAUGUCAUUGACCUUCUGACCGGAGAGAAGCAACAGACCUUGUCCUCGGCCUUUGCUGAUAGCCUCUGCCCGUCGACCUCUCUUCUGUACCUUGGGCGAACAGAAUACACCAUCACCAUGUAUGACACCAAGACCCGAGAGCUCCGGUGGAAUGCCACUUACUUCGACUACGCAGCCUCGCUGCCCGAGGACGACGUGGACUACAAGAUGUCCCACUUUGUAUCCAAUGGCGACGGGCUGGUGGUGACUGUGGACAGUGAAUCUGGUGACGUCCUGUGGAUCCAGAACUAUGCUUCCCCUGUGGUGGCCUUCUAUGUCUGGCAGCGGGAGGGUCUGAGGAAGGUGAUGCACAUCAACGUCGCGGUGGAGACCCUGCGCUAUCUGACCUUCAUGUCCGGGGAGGUGGGCCGCAUCACCAAGUGGAAGUACCCCUUCCCCAAGGAGACGGAGGCCAAGAGCAAGCUGACGCCCACCCUGUAUGUUGGGAAAUACUCUACUAGCCUCUAUGCCUCCCCCUCAAUGGUGCAUGAGGGUGUUGCCGUUGUGCCCCGAGGGAGCACUCUUCCUUUACUGGAGGGUCCCCAGACAGACGGUGUCACCAUUGGGGACAAAGGGGAGUGUGUGAUCACACCCAGCACAGACCUAAAGUUUAACCCUGGGCUCAAAGGAAAGAACAAGCUCAACUACUUGAGGAACUACUGGCUUCUGAUUGGGCACCAUGAAACCCCGUUGUCUGCGUCGACCAAGAUGCUGGAGAGAUUCCCCAACAAUCUGCCCAAACACAGGGAAAAUGUCAUUCCUGCUGACUCAGAGAAAAAGAGCUUUGAGGAAGUUAUCCACCUGGUUGAUCAGAAUUCAGGGAAUGCGCCUACCACCAUCUCUCAGGAUGUGGAAGAAAAGUUUGCUCAUGCCCCCGCCAAGCCCGAGGCCCCCGUGGACUCCAUGCUCAAGGACAUAGCCACCAUCAUCCUGAGUACCUUCCUGCUCAUCGGCUGGGUGGCCUUCAUCAUCACCUACCCCCUGAGCAUGCAUCAGCAGCAGCAGCUCCAGCACCGGCAGUUCCAGAAGGAACUGGAGAAAAUCCAGCUCCUGCAGCAGCAGCAGCUGCCCUUCCACACACCUGCGGACGUGGCUCAGGACGCCGAGCUCCUGGACUCGUCUGGCCUGUACUCGGAGAGCUCGGGCGCCAGCAGCCCCAGCACGUCCCCCAGAGCCUCCAACCACUCGCUCUACUCCAGCGGCUCUGCCUCCAGGACUGGCGCCAGCCCCUCCCCAGAGCAGGAUGACGAGGACGAGGAAACCAGCAUGGUGAUGGUUGGGAAAAUCUCAUUCUGUCCCAAGGACGUCCUAGGCCACGGAGCCGAAGGCACCAUUGUGUACCGGGGCAUGUUCGACAACCGUGACGUGGCAGUCAAGAGGAUCCUCCCCGAGUGCUUCAGUUUCGCCGACCGCGAGGUCCAGCUGCUGCGGGAAUCUGACGAGCACCCAAAUGUGAUCCGUUACUUCUGCACCGAGAGGGACCGGCAGUUCCAGUACAUUGCCAUUGAGCUAUGCGCAGCCACGCUGCAGGAGUACGUGGAGCAGAAGGACUUCGCCCACCUUGGCCUGGAGCCCAUCACCUUGCUGCAGCAGACCACCUCGGGCCUGGCCCACCUGCACUCCCUCAACAUUGUCCACAGAGACCUGAAGCCCCACAACAUCCUCCUCUCCAUGCCCAAUGCGCAUGGCAAGAUCAAGGCCAUGAUCUCCGACUUUGGCCUCUGCAAGAAGCUGGCAGUGGGCAGGCACAGCUUCAGCCGCCGUUCGGGGGUGCCUGGCACGGAAGGCUGGAUCGCUCCGGAGAUGCUGAGUGAGGACUGCAAGGAGAACCCCACCUACACAGUGGACAUCUUCUCUGCGGGCUGCGUCUUUUACUACGUGAUAUCUGAGGGCAGCCACCCUUUCGGCAAGUCCCUGCAGCGGCAGGCCAACAUCCUCCUGGGCGCCUACAGCCUCGACUGCUUACACCCUGAGAAGCACGAAGAUGUCAUUGCCCGGGAGUUAAUAGAGAAGAUGAUCGCAAUGGAUCCUCAGAAGCGCCCAUCAGCCAAGCAUGUGCUGAAACACCCCUUCUUCUGGAGCCUGGAGAAGCAGCUCCAAUUCUUUCAGGACGUGAGUGACCGAAUAGAAAAGGAAUCCCUGGAUGGCCCAAUCGUGAAGCAGCUGGAGAGAGGUGGGAGAGCGGUGGUGAAAUUGGACUGGCGGGAGAACAUCACCGUCCCCUUGCAGACAGACCUGCGUAAAUUCAGAAGCUAUAAAGGUGGCUCCGUCAGAGAUCUCCUCCGGGCCAUGAGAAAUAAGAAGCACCACUACCGGGAGCUCCCUGUGGAGGUGCGGGAGACCCUGGGCGCCCUCCCCGAAGACUUCGUGCGCUACUUCACGUCGCGCUUCCCCCAUCUUCUCUCCCACACCUACCGGGCCAUGGAGCUAUGCAGCCAAGAGAGGCUCUUCCAGCCCUACUACUUCUACCUGGCCCCGGAGCCUCAGCCCCCCAGGACUCCAGACACCCUCUGAGUCAAGGCGGCCUCCGCUCUGGUGGCCCCGCUGUGACUGAGGGCCUGACCCCACUUAGCAGGGAGACCAAGCUCCCAAGUCCAGUGCCUUGAGCUGCCUGCUCUGCAGCCAGCAGAGGAGGGUGCUGACCCCAGGAAGGGGGAGAGGUGACCUGCAGGAAGCUGGGGAGAUGGCGGCUGUGAAAGUUUUACCAUCAGGGCCCAUCCCAGAGGCAGCAGCAGGAGCACCUUCCACCUCCUCCUGGAUAUACUUGCUUCUACUUAGUUUCUUUUUAAACUUCCUGUUUGAUGUCAGCCUGUGGGCCUUUAAGGAAGAGAGAGAAACAAACAAACCCUAAGCUCCGCCUGUGUGCUGGGACCAGAAGCAUCUCCUCCACCAGCACUCUGGGGGGGCCCCAAGUGCAGCCUCUGCUAGAAACGGCUCGAGAGGUGAGCGGUGCCCCAGAGGAGGAGGAUGUUCAGAGGGCGUCAUCCUUGGGAACUGGAGAUCUCUGACCGCCGAUCACAAGUGCACGCAGAUAUCCCAGGUCGCUCUAACCAGUGUUUCCUGGGGGGGCAGCGAGAGCCUCGAGCGUGGGGACGCAGCAUCGGGCUGGGCCGGCAUCACACGCAGGAGAGUGAGGCCGUGUCUGCGGGUCUCGGGAGUGAAGAGGACGCUCUGUUCCGAGGCAGCUGCAGCCCAGUGUACCUGCGGCCUGAAUGGUGGCUUUUUGGUGGCUUUGUGCCCAGACCACUUAGGGAUGUUUAAGGGCAUUUAACAUCCCUAGAUCCCUUGCGGCAAGAAAUGAUAAUUCCCGGGCCAUCAAGGAACCCAGACAGGGUCAGGACUUCGGGACCGGAGGGGUGCGCAGGCCUAAUGGACCAUAUCCAUUUCUAACCACCCCAGCUUUCUCAAACUCACUUAUUCAACAGAUUGUGUCUGAGCACUUACCCUGUGAGCUGCACGGGUCCUGAGUGCUAGGGACACAAAGAUGGACAAGACAGGCAAACCCUGCUUCCAUAAGAGCCUCUAGUGAGAGACAACAAUAAAUGAACACCAGUGCUGUGAGGAACACCCAGGGGAUGGGGAAGGGCGUGCAUCUGGGGCGUGCGCCGCUCUAGUCACACCUGGCCACCCCGGGAGAGCCCUGGGCCAGAGGGUAGGUGAUAGGUCUCCUCUGUCCCUGGAGCCAGCAGGAUAGGCUGAGGGGUUAAGGAGCCAAGGCCAGGGUGUCUAUGUGCUGUGUGGGCAGGAUUUUAUAUUUCUCUUGGCAGAUUUUAAUAACUUUAUAUUUUGAUCAUACUGUAGAAUGCUACAUUAGCACAAGUACGCUGAACUUAACUUGAAGCUUACUCAUGAAGAAGAAAUGCAAUACAUCUAUUUUGUGUGGUACCUGAAACCCCAUCCACCCCCAGAAAGAGUGUUCGUGUUCAGAACAUCCUCUAAUUCUGAUGAAAAGUAAAAGCAUUAUAGCAACACUAUCCAUAUGUAUUAAACAACUUCAAAGUAAUAGUCCCUAAAUUAUGUCAAUACCAUGGUUUUUCCCCCCUAAAUUUAGUAUAGUUUUUAAUUUUAGUUUUAGUCAAGAAUUCCUGUCUUUUCUCUACCAAGAGAGCCUUAGCGGUUAUAUGCAAUCAGGGUACCACAUAAGGAAGUGCUUCUGUGUGCUGUCUCCAGCAGGGUGAGCGGCCCACUGCGGUUCGGUCCUGGUAAACUCGGCAUUACUGUCAAGUUGCGAACUGAUGGAGAAAUUGCUCUUCCUCUUUGUGAGAUAUCUGCUGGGGUGCGUGUAUGUGAAGGCCACUCAUCCUCGGCUCUCAUUCUGCCUUUGUGGGAUUCCUUUCCCUUCUUCUCAUAAUGCCUACAGUCACUAUUUCUCUUAAAUUAAUCAUAUCCUAUGUCCUUCAACCUCAUCAGUUACCUCAUUUAGACCUUGGACCCCUGGCGUCCUGGGGUGGCCUCAUGGUGCGCUGUACCAUGCCGUCCAUUUUUCAGGAAGAGCCAGAUGGGCUUCGCCUCCCCUCUGUGAUUGGCCUGUGGUGGCUACGUUCUGCGGGCCACUUUGCCACCGGGUCUGAGCGGGGACAGCCCAGGAGACAGGACAAGAAGGUGGCCACAAGUGCCUUCAUGGGAUGGUCAGCUUUUUGUGCUGCCAGGGCUUCUGCUGCUGUCUCACUGCCGAAUGUCUUUGGAGAGUAGCCAGGUCAUUCUAAGCUGUCCAGUACUCGUCAUCUCUCUGUUUUGGCCCAAUUUGCCUGCAACUUUUUAAAUUUAUUUUUUUAUUUUGAUUUUUUAGGGGACAACUUUUUUAAAAAAAUGCAUUUUCUGCUUACCAUAUCCAUUUCUAACCACCCAGCUUUCUCAAACUCACUUAUUCAACAGAUUGUGUCUGAGCACUUACCCUGUGAGCUGCGCGGUCCUGAGUGCUAGGGACACAAAGGUGGACAAGACAGGCAAACCCUGCUUCCAUAAGAGCCUCUAGUGAGAGACGACAAUAAAUGAACACCAGUGCUGUGAGGAACACCCAGGGGAUGGGGAAGGGCGUGCAUCUGGGGCGUGCGCCGCUCUAGUCAUAAAGCCGCCUGCAUCCAGGGACUCAUCAGGAUGGGUCAGGUUGCUUUCUGUCUUUUCUUCGUUACCUUUUGGACCCAGUCACUCAUCAGCCCUUCAGGUGAUUUGAAGAGGUCCUGGGUGGACUCUUGGAAACACCCUAAGCACCCUCUGGUGUACCCCGUUAUCCAGUCUCUAGUAUUUGGGUUUCCUGUCGUACAGCUGAGCUCUUCGACCUUUAAUAUGCUUCCCAGAAGGCUGAUGAACUUUUUAGAAGUUUGCAUUCUUUAUUUGCAUAACAGAAUUUGGUCACAUCUGUUUGGAGUCCCAAGGACAUUAUAAUUUAUUCAAAUCUUGUGUUGAAUCUGUCUUUGGCAUGCCUGCCAGAAUUUCUCUUGUUGCUUCUGGAGUCUUUUUAACUUCACUUUAUAAAGACCUCCGCAUGUCACUAGGUGUCAGAACAUUUGCACUCUUGGGAAUCACCGGUGUUACUCGACACAUCACUAAACCAUCUGGUUGCCAAGGUAGAACAUCCCGGGUGCAAAGGUGUCCUCCCCUCCCCCUAGUCUCAGUGCAAUAGUCAUCCUGGGUUUUCUCCAGUGAGACGUCACUUGACUCAUUACGUGCAUUAUAAUGAAAGAUCCACAGGCCUAGUGGGUCCAGCAAAGUAUUUUCUUCCCAUCAAGAAAGGUUCUAUCAGCAUUAACCCCGAUCCUUUUGAUAGGGUUUUGUGUGGGUGUGACUUAUUUACCUUUGCAAUUCUUUCCUGCUGUAGUAAAAGAGGCAUUGGGUGCUGAUCUGACCUCUCGCAGAGAGCCGGGGUGGGCCUUUGGGUUGUGGAGAUUUCUCCUCUUGGCUGCUGUCUUUUCAGAAGCUGGACUCUGGCCAGCUUUGGGCUUCCCAUGCCUGUUCCCAUUCCCUGGCUCUGUUGGAUCUGCAGCCUUGACUGAGGUCCUCGCAGAAGGUGCUGGCAAUAACUGGAAGAGAAAGCCCAGUGCCCCUCUGAAAAGCCCCUUUAAAUUCUCAAACUUUCUGUCUGCUUGUUUAGUUUCUGAAAUCCCUUUUCUUCCUAUUUCUCAGCAUCUCUCUCCCUGGGCCAUUCCGUCGCCACCCUGGAUUGUCCUUUGGAUGAGUGGGACCUGGCAUCGGCCCUCCCUGGAAGGAAGUCACUGCGUAUCCCAUAUAGAUGAGCCAAAUUCCUGCCUUCCAGGGUUGGACCAUUAUCUUUUAAACCAAAGUGUCUACUCUUCUGUACUUUCUUUAUGAAACAGUGAUUUCCCAUGCGUAACUGGUUCUGACUUUUGUAGCAGCACUUAAAUCUCUUCUGUGUUCCUUGGAAAACCACAAAGAACCAUCUGCAGUGAGCCUCCCACUGGAGUGGCCUUAACCAAUGAUUCCGGCCCAAGUCCCCCCUCUGCCUCCCCCACCCCAUGCUCUCCCUGUGUUUGGUGGGUGCAGUGUUCCUUUCCACAUAUCCCAAAAGCUGUGACGGGGGUGUCCCCACUUACCUAGCAUUACCAGUCAACUCUGCAGCAUUUUCACAUGCAAACCUUAUGUAGUGUUCUUUUUGCAAUUCCCUAUUUAUUUAACCUAUUUAUAUUUAUUUAAUUUUUACUCUGAAGUAUAUCCAGUUACAAUUGCACUUGCUUAAAGCACAUAAGAUUUGUUUUGGACAACACCCCUGACCGUUUUAAAACUGGAAAAGGAAAAGUUAUACUGCAUCCUUCCACAGGAUGGACGCCUUACUGUAGUUUUGUUAGUAAACGGUGAAUAAUUUGGUCGUGGCAAAAAUGUUAAUUUUUAAGUGAUUUAAAAAAAAAAAUUCUGUGCCAUUGUGUCUUCUGUGUCUGGUUAAUUGUUAAAUGUGUGUUAAUUGUGUGAUGCAAUCCUCUUUGUGGAGCCUAAAAUCCUCCUUUUUAGCUUUAUAUUUUAUGAAACUGCCAGAUUGUACAAUUUUUAUGUGUAUUUUUAAAGCUUGAUGAUGUGAGGGUAAUUAUAUAAGUUAAAUGGCCUAUUUUUGUACCUCCUGUACAGUUUUAUAAUUCUGCUGAUUGAUGAUGGCGUCUUAUGUUGAGCCAACCACAAAUAA